AUGGGUUUUGCACACAACAACGUCCUUCAUCAGAACCACUUCCGCAAGGACUGGCAGACCCGUGUCCGCACCUGGUUCGACCAGCCCGGACGCAAGCUCCGCCGUCGCCAGGCGCGCAAGGCUAAGGCUGCCUCGCUCGGUGUCCGCCCACUCACCCUCCUCCGCCCCGCCGUCCGUGCCCAAACUGUUCGUUACAACCGCAAAGUCCGCGAGGGACGAGGAUUCACGCUGGCUGAGCUCAAGGAGGCUGGGAUUGGUAAGAAGGAGGCGCGUGGUGUCGGCAUUGUUGUUGACCACCGGAGGAGGAAUUUGAGCGAGGAGGGCAAGGCUGUUAACGUUGAGCGCCUGAAGGUCUACAAGGAACGGUUGAUCGUGUUCCCGCGCAAUGCGAAAAAGCCAAAGAAGGGUGACUCCACGGGUGAGGCCCUCACUGCCGAGACAACACGGGUUAACCUCGCCCUCCCUGAUUCCUUUGUGCACGAGGCACCCCGGCAGAUCACCGAGGAGGAGCGUGAGUUCAAGGCCUACCGCACCCUCCGCACUGAGCGCGCGUUCGCUCGGCAUGAGGGCCAGCGCAAGGUUCGGGAAGCCAAGAAGGCUGAGGAGGAGGCGAACAAGAAGAAGUAA